CGGCGGGCCGGGGACCGCCGGGUGGAGGUGAACGGCGAGAACGUGGAGAAGGAAAGUCACCAGCAGGUAGUGAACCGCAUCCGAUCCGCCGUGGGCGCCGUGCGCCUGCUGGUGGUGGACGCGGAGACCGACCAGCAGCUGCAGAAGCUGGGCAUCCAGUGCAGGGAGGAGCUGGUCCGGGGGCUGCCCGCCGCGGGGCAGGAGAAGCCGGAGGAGAAAAGUAACGAGGAGCCGCUGGAGACACCGAAGGAGCAGGAGGAGCGGCCAGAUGAGGAGGAGGAGGAGACGAGCCACCCUGCGGCGAGGGUAAAUGUAGGUUCUUUCUGGGGAGGAGGGCGAGCCUUGGGGUCUAAGGGCACCAGGGAGGAGCUGGUCCGGGGGCUGCCCGCCGCGGGGCAGGAGAAGCCGGAGGAGAAAAGUAACGAGGAGCCGCUGGAGACACCGAAGGAGCAGGAGGAGCGGCCAGAUGAGGAGGAGGAGGAGACGAGCCACCCUGCGGCGAGGGUAAAUAAAGAGCUGCGGCCUCGUCUCUGUCAGAUGAAGAAGGGACCCAACGGUUAUGGAUUCAACCUCCACAGUGAUAAAACCAAGCCAGGACAGUUCAUCCGGGCCGUGGACCCAGACUCACCAGCUGAAUCAUCGGGGCUGCGUCCCCAAGACCGCAUCAUUGAGGUGAAUGGACAGUGCAUGGAAGGGAAGCAGCACUCAGACGUGGUGACAGCUAUCAAAGCUGGGGGAGACGAGACCAAGCUGCUGGUGGUGGAUAACUUAACAGAUGAGUUCUUCAAGAAGUGCAAAGUCAUUCCCUCUGAGGACCAUUUGACAGGUCCCUUGCCAGAGCCAGUUGCCAAUGGCGAAGUAGAGAAGGAGGACAGCAGAGAGCAGCGGCCAGAGUCUGUGUCUGAAAGUCCAUCGAGUCCAGAGCCGGUGUCUGUGUCCUUCCCUUCAAAAGAGAUCCACAAUGAGCCUGACUCUCAAGAGGAGGAGAAGCGAAACUCCACACCAGAUCCGCUACUUGACCUCAACGUUCCCCUGGCAGUGGCUAAGGAGCGCGCACACCAGAAACGUACCAGCAAGAGGGCACCGCAGAUGGACUGGAGCAAGAAAAAUGAACUGUUCAGCAAUCUCUGAAAGCCCUGCCUCCCCAGGGAGGAAAGGAGAGUUAUCCAGCUCUCCAGCCUCUGACCCAAAUCUUCACCAGCAUCUCGCUUUCUUUCCCAUCUCCAGUUUCGCUAGGGAGCAGAGUCCUUUUCCCUGCACUUGGAUUGCACAAUUUGGUUUUUCUCUACUGUAAACUAAAGGAAAAAAAGCACAAUGGCUCCUUUUUGCAUUUCCAGAGCAGUGUUAAUAUUCAGAGAAUUCAGUGUCAAUAGCAUAGGGCUCGUGCAUGGUAAGGGGUUGGACCGUAUCAUGGGCCUGAAACAAACCCUGUGUGUUUACAGUGGACACCACGGGGCCCCUUUCACUCUCUCACCGGCUCUUCACUGAAAGAUUAAUCCAUGUAAAUGCAGGGAAGACAUUCAGGGGUGACAUGGGAUUUUGAGUGCCUGACUUGAGAUCUCUGAAAAGGGCCUGACUGGCUCUGAGGGGCCGCAUGUCUGCAGGUAAGCACCCAAAAUCCCUAGACCUGUCUGAAUCUCUUAGCCUUGGGCUUCCGUGCAUUUUAAGCUCCAGUUUGGCCAAGAAGCAACAACCUUCCUUCCAAGAGUCAUUAUGUAUUUGGGUUUUUUUAACCUUUGACCUGGGGUUUCCGUCCACAAUGAUCCACCCUGUCAAAUCCGCUGGUCUGAACAUACUCUGAGAGCAUUGCAGUUGAAUCAGUCCAGCUGAGCACUUGUGUGAAUGCCAUGAAACAGGCACCCUGAGUAUCACUGAACCUUUUGUCCCAGGCUUCCAAAGGAUCUCACUCCCUAGGGCUACUUAGACCAGCAGGGCUUCUUUUGCCAUGUUGUACCCAGAGGGUUUGUUCCCACAGGGCUGGGGAUGUUUGGGCCAAGCACAGUGACCAAUAACUGCAGGUGAGAAUCUCUUUCAAUGUCAGGUUACUUCUGGAGACAGAACCGAUCUGGGUUUUGAAUACUGGAAUGUGGAAUGUAAACUUUUUAAAUACUUUGUUUUUCUGAAAUAAGGUUUCCAAUCACACUGAUUUUUUAGAAGAAAAAAUUUGUGUGGCAAUGUUUUUUCCCUGUGGAUGUUUUAUUUCUGUGUGCGCGAUCGGGGUAGAAUUGUACUAUUAAGCUCAAGAGAAAUUCUUUACUAGGAAAAAAUC